CCGAAGUUUUGCCUGUGUUAACGCCAAGCUGAGUUGGGAAAAAACUCCAAACACAUGGCGGGGCGUUAUACUUGCUGCACAACAGUCUCAUCACUGUCAUCAGCGGAUCCCAACUUCUUUAUCCAUCGCGGGGAGCUAUCCGUUUUUCUUCUCGUUUGCUCUUGGGGGUGGUGCAAGUCCGCUAAGAGGCCGAGCCGAGCUACUGCGAUCAUUGGUCAGGGGAAAAGGUUACCCGCGCACGGACCGUCAAUCUAUGGGCCUAGGCAAGUCAGGUUUUGUGAGGCGAGAUUAAUAAUUUGCGUGGAGCAUGAUGCUUCCCGUCCGUCGUGUGAACAAACGAGGACCACGCAGCAAGAACAAGGACUUGGACGGCCAAAUCGCGGGGAAUGGGAUUUGGGUCUUAGUAAUUUUAUGACAGCCCGUGUACAUCCCGGGCCCAAUCCUAUGCAGCAACCUUGGAAGCUGGGGACCAGAUGCAAUCAAAAUGUUUCUUCCUACGAAUUCGCGAUUGACCUUUUCUCCUUGUCUCUGCCCCGCGUCUUGGAUGACUUGCAUUCCUGCUCGUUUCGCUUGUCUGUUUCCGAACAUAUGUCCCCAAGCGGCAGAUCCCUCCUCGAAUUCUGCCCCAGAGCAGCUAAGUUAGCGUGAGGGUCGCGUGGAUCCAACAUGAUUCCAAAAUAACAUAAUCUCGGCAGACACCCCGAAACCACGAAUCGUUGCAUGGGCCGGGUUAGUUCGGGUGUUCACAGGACUCAGCGCUUUUAUUUCUGAAAAAUUAACAGCUGAAAAAAAGAGUUUUUGUGGGUUCGGGUUGAGAGAAGCGUCUUUUUUCAUGCACAACUGUAUGUUCUAAAUUCUAAGGAACCUAACACAAUAAAACCUGCGAAAACUCACGCCGAAUUUCGUCCCCAUCGGAAAUUUUACCCCACAGGCAGAGAGCGAAACGAAGAACAGUCGAACCGUGACGACGAGCAGCUUUUCAGCCUGUGCGCAUUACAUAUGAUGGGUUCCUGGCCAUAUUUUCGGCUGGACGAGCCGUGGUGGCGAACAUAAUUCUCGUUCGUUUGAUCAUUUAUGCCAUUGCGGUAUCUUCCAGGAAUCAAGGCCAGAUAUGGAAUGAACAUGGUAUGUGCGGUGCCUCCUGCACUUUUCGACAGGUAGCUAGCUGCCGUCUACCGAUCCAAGGAAGUAUCGUCUCUCAUUUUGAGGGUGUCCAUAUCUUUUCUUCCUGAUCUACUCCGUACAGAAUAGACAAAUUAAUAGAUGACAACCAAGAAGAUAAUGGAUGGACGAGAAAUUCACGUAAAAGGAGCUCUGGAUCCCAAAGCUCAACCCACGCGCAGGUUCAUUUUGGAAAAUACUUUCCCUUCUUAAAAUUUCGGUAAUUUUCCCAACAUUGUCAUUUUUUUGGUCUCUUUCCUGAAAGAGCAUAUCAAAGAAUGACAAACAGUCCCGCUGGUUCCUGUUGUUGGUUCAGCCUAAACUUUCCACGGCUUGAACCGAGGAGUGUAUUUGCUUUUUCCAGUACCGGCUUUAGCGUCCCCUAGUGUCUGGCGACAGGAGGAUUUCACACCUUGCCUUGCUAACAAUGCAAAGCAGAGGUGCCAAUCUUCAUGGAAAUUUGUCCAUUCCCCAUAGGCAAAAAUGAAAGGUUGCAAACGGAAAUUUUGGUAAGGUUAUGAUGGACUGUCCGUCCCUUUUCUGUCGGAAUGAAGGGAAUGACUGCGGGGCUACCGCCAAUGGCCAGCUCAAACCACGAUCCUUGCAAGCAAAGUCCGCGACUGCUGUACUUGAGGCUUGAUGCUGGAGACACGGCCCUUUGCUCGUUGAUGAAAGAAUGAAAUUUUGCGUUCGUAGUAUAGACUUCUUCGCUUCGGCAAUAUGUAGCCCAGCAUCGACCGUGCGGCGAGAAAAACGGCAUACAUACAGUGAGUGCCACUCUGACCGGACUGGCCUUCCAACCUUGGCCCUUGAGUCGAGUACAAGCUUGAAUCCCUGGCUGUGUCUGGGGUGCCCAUUCCAUUGUGCGCCGGUGCGGUCUCAUUCGUCCGGAGUUCAUCUGGCGACAUGAGAGAAAGCGGCAUUUCCGGCGGCCUGUUUCGCAGUUUGAGUUUGCGGGCGGCGGCUGACUGCUUGGGACGGUUGUGCAGGCCGCCCCUGCCUCUCCAAAAGGGCCCAAGCGCCCUAACUACCACCUGGAAAUCAUCAUGUUCGCCUUACUCGAUAUCAUUAAUACCUACCACGGAUUAUUUAUUGUUAUAGGAUAAUUUGUACACUACGGAGUACUCUCGCUUGUUGACUCUUAAGUGCUGCGCGCAAUCAACCCAGCUAUGAUCUCAGUCUUCAUCAUCGGUUUCACCAUCCUGUAACAGUUCCUCGGUUGGCUGCACCCUGUUUCGUCUGUUCUCCUUUUCAGGUUGUGGCUUCAUCCACGUUCUCCGACUGGAAUCGCAUAACUCGGAACUUUACUUUUUUUAAUCUUAUCCAUUAAUUACAGAGAAUUGUUGGCAGAGGGGACUCGGAAAACAGGGAAUGCUCCCCACGAUGGCUCGAACCCAAUUAUGAUCCGACUCUGGCGUUGCGGCGUGCCUUCACUAACGAGUGGAUCCUCGCUCUAGACUACAUGGUAAUGUUCGGAGGGCCACCCGAAUCACUACUGAAUCAGACAAGUCACUCUGCAUAACUUUUCGAUCCACACGAGCAAGAAUAUUGUGGCUGUCAUGAAACACGCGGAGCAUUCGCCAGCUCCCCCUUGGCUUGUCGAUCUCCUCCAGUGACAGCCAUUUUAUAUGCAUGCCACUUACUCGGUGGUUGGGCGCCGAUGGAAAGUUUCGGAAUCACCUUCCAUGGAGUUACCAAUUUAACCCCUUGAUUUUCGCCCUCAUUUGUUGCCAUCUCUAGCAAAAGCUGCUAGAGAUACGGAGGACCCUGUCUAGAGCUUGGCACAUGCGUGGUUUCUAUUAAAGAUGUCCUCGUAAAGCAGACGAAAUGGGACUGAUUAUCCCGAUAACAUCCUUUUUUUUGUGUGCUUGCAGAAGAACAGAAGUGUAAGCAAUAAUACGAGCGACCCUUAUAUCCUUGUCAUUUAUCCAGGGUCCAUGCCGUCUGAUUGCAUCUGCUUAGAGACUAUCCCAUAAUAUUGAUUGCCAGAAAUUUUACGUCGCGCAGAGCAUAAUUAGCGAGCCUGACCGAAAUCGUCGUCAAGCAAGGAGUCCGUCCCGUCUAGUUUUCUUCCCGUUUUCGUAUUUUUUAUUUUUUAUUUUUUCUUUCAAACCUAGCAAAAACCGCGUUGUCUCUCAGUUCACGGAAACAGCAGAUUAUUUUCCAGGGUUGCCUGAGAUUCUUCCGGCUGCUCGCACGUUUCAGCCAAUGGCAGAUCAUCAUCGUGGACCACAGGAAUGGAGAGACGAGGCCCGACUUUCAUGAGCUUAAACCAGUGAGGCACUGCCGCACUGAAGGUUUGCUGCUCCAAGUGGGUCCGGCUAAAAUCAAGGUGACCCAGUCUACCAUCCUCCAGGCCUUACUAGUACUGUGUACAAGUUUACGAGAAGCCCUGGGGGGAAGGCCCAAGACAUAUCUCGUCGCCCAUACCUCGGCUUUCCUCUGGCGAUCAACCCGUAGCGUGGCCUCUUUCUCCAGCGUCUGGGAGCAGUGGGAGGUCAAUCGGCUGGUGUCCGCUUAAAAAUGCAGCCAAGGCUCAGCGCAAAAUCAGUCCUCAGGUUGUAAACUUUCCAGCAAACGAUUGCAGCGGUCCCGCAAAGUUAGCUGGGUUCCAAAGCUCAACCCUAAUAAGUUCUUUAGCUUUUAAGACGCUGGCUUAGCUAGCCAGUACCAUAUUUCAUCCUUUGUGGUAUUCGGUCGUUGAAGUUAAUGCGCUUUUGCAAAAUUGACAGUUUUCAUCCAUGAUCUAUUGAUAUGUCGCCUGUGCGAAAAGCCUGGGCUCCUUCGAUCUAUCUAGGAAUCACCCAUUCGGAACCGAAUCCCUUGCGGCAUCUAUAACCAAGAAGAUUCGAGUUCGAAGACGAGAGGGACAGCGAGGAAAUAUGCAAAAUCCAUAUCACCAACUGCCUGCGAUCCAAGCUCCGCAGAGUAGUGGUCCGUAUGUCUCCCCACCGGUUGCUUCAUCAACAUCAUCAGCAAUCUCCGGUCCUCGGGCGCGAUCAAAUCUCAGUUCAGCGCCUUCGAGCAGAGCGUCAAACGGGUUGAAGAUAUCUCAUCUAGUAUAUAGCUCCCGGCAACAUGAUCUGCGACAUUCACCUCCAGGUGUAGCCCAUCUGCAUUCGCAGGGGUCUUUGUCAGUCUCCUCAACAGAAACGUCAGGGGUUCUCCCAGAAGCUCACCAUCAAAAUGAGAUGGCACCGGCGCGGCUUCGUAUGGUUUCUUCGAACCAGCAACCUCACAAAAGAGCAUAUAGACAGAGACGAAAGGACCCAAGUUGUGAUGCGUGUCGGGAACGCAAAGUAAAGUGCGAUGCCUCAGAUUCCUCCAGUUGUACAGAAUGUUCCAAUCGAAAUGUGCGAUGCCUAUUUACGAAGGAAACGAACAGACGAAUGUCGUCAAUCAAGCAGGUUCAGGAUCUAGAGCGACAGUUAGCACAAGCAAAACAACAACUUCGCCAGCUUCGUUCAGGUAUUCCCAAAAUUGACAGUUUGAUGGAUCCCGAUUUUGAGUUGCAUGACGAUACUCCAAGAAUCCCGGAGGUCGGGCAACGCCCAAAUCGCCUCAAUUUCACCAAUAUAAACCUGCCGCCAUCCCACGUUUGUUCGAAAAUGAGAACUUACGGCCAGGGACUCAUCAACUUCCCACCAAAUCCUUCAUUAACACAUCUUCCGUUGUUGCUGACUGGGGAUGUGCCCCCACUGCCUCCAGCAAGUGUCAUGGAUGCGCUCCUGGGGCAAUACUUCUCCCACAUACACUCUGUGUUUCCCAUUGUACACUGGCCGACGCUGUUGAAUGACUACGAUCAGGUCUCCCGCGUCAGGUCUCUUCAUGGAGUUACUAGGGGAUGGGCUGCAGCACUGUUUGCAAUUCUUGCAUGCGGAUCUUUGCAUUCUCUUGACCAGGAUUUGGUGUCAAAGGGCAAAGACUUCCUCCAAACCAGCGUCGGUCUGAUUGAUGUUUGGCAAGACACAUUUUCUCUUAACCAAGUCCGGACUGCGAUGCUGAUUAGCAUCUUCUUGUAUGAGACAAAUUUGAAAUCUGCCAGCUGGGUUUGGCUAGGUUCUGCUGUGAGAAUUGCUCAGGACCUAGGUUUGCACAUCGAGUCUGCCUACUCUCCUAUGGAAACUGUGUUGAGAAGAAGGGUUUGGUGGGCGUUGUAUGCAUGGGAAAGGCUUGUGGUUCUUGAAACAGGGAGACCUUUAAUGAUACACGACGAAGAUUGCGAUGUCGAGCUCCUCUCUUCCGUUGACGAUCGCCUGACUGACGGGGACUCGUUAUCGCGAGGGGAGAAGCUCGCACCUGUUCUAGCGAUAACUCACGUCAUGCGUGCUGUAUCUCAAUUAACCAAGAGCCUAAAGACUUUGGUGAUCUCUACUGAUACAUUAGAGGCAUUCGAACGACAUUUCAGGUUGUGUUUGGCAACGUUCCCGCUGGAUUAUCGAAUGGAGGCGAACCACUAUCUACAUCCUCGCGCACUCUCCCCCAUCAUGUUUAUGCAAAAUACCCGACUUGUUCUCCAUCGCCACAACAUUUCUCCACGUAGCUCAACAGAGGUGAGGCACGUCGCUCUUGGACGCUGUUUAGCCAUUAGCCGUGAUACUGCCUGCUUGCUCUCCCGAUGCAUGCUUUCUCCAAACACGCCAAAAGUUGGACCUAUUGCCCAGCAAGGAGGCCAUUGGAGGCAUGUGAUGGCAACUGCGGCAACCACAAUUUUAUGCUGCCACAUAUGGCGCUGUACCCUGAUUCUCCUUUUACAGAGUGACUAUGCUGGUGCACUUGUUUGCGUCCAAGCAAGUGCUGCAAUAGGAGAUGCACGACUAGUCAAUGCCGCUUGUGGCCGCUACGUUGCAUUCUUUCUCAAGUGUAUGCUGGAAAAGGCGCGGAGACACGGCCCUGAAAACCUAGACCGCGACGAGGAAAUGAUGGCUUAUGUUUCAGGUGAUCUUCAAGGCCGGGCUAGUGGCAGCUGGAUAUGGCAAACCAACGAGAAUGAAUCUGCGUCGACGGUAACUCAACCACAAUCCGUAACUUCAUCGAAACUCUCACCCCUCGGGGAGCAAUUCGUCGAUGGCGCUCCGAAUGGAGCUGCUGUAGAUGCCUCAGAGAGGGAAUGGGAGGGAUGGGGAUGGGUGGAACAAACAGUCCAGCUCCUUCUAACAGAACAGCAACAACAGCAAAACCUCAUGGUUGGGACUAAGGAGAAUGGAACUCGGUUUUCAGGUCUCCCUAGGUCCAGUUUGCCCUAUAAUCGCCCUCCCGAGAACAUCAGUCCAUCUCGCAAUGGUUCGACCAGUCACUCGCGAAUGACAAUUGCCAACAUAAUCUGAUUCAAUUCCAACUGAAUCUUCGCCACCUUCAUGAUACAUCAUUUAUGAUAUAGCUGUGUUCAAGGGGCAUUAUAUACAAAUUUGGAUCACAGCUCUGAUGGCAUUUUCGAGCACACUCGCCAACCCGGGAUAAUUGUAAAAGCCACAAAAGCAGUGCGUUUUGCGCCUCGUUUCGUGUGCAAAUACAUGGGCUCGGGUAUGUUAGCUGGGCAUUAAUCCGUUCCAGGCGCCUCGUCACUUCGUGGCGUUUAUCUUCGAUACCUCGCGUUGAAUAAAUUACGCAGGUGCCCAGUUCCCCUAGGGCCAUUCGAGAGCCCCAGUUUACGCAUCCGUCUUUUCAUCACAGCUUCGUUUUUCAAAUGAAAACUAUGGUCAAAAACCGCUCCAAGCCAAUAGGCCUAUGUAUACCGGAUAACGCAUACGGUCUUUAUUCAAUGAUGAAUGCAAGGACCAUCUUCCCCGCCCUCCCUUCCUUCCUUCUGCGACACCCACCGCAACUUGAACCUUGUCCAUCUACUCCAGUCCAGCCUGUUUCAAAUAUCAAGCCUGAGUAAUGACAUGUACUGUACAUAAAAUACCCUUUCUUUUUCUCCUUAACGCUUUUAACUGUUCAUGUUAUCUUACGGCCUUUAACCAAAAUACCCACUUCUUGUUUUCCUAUAUUUUUUACAUGUGAGAUACCUUAGCGAUUCGCCAUGUCUGUUUUGUUUGUGGAGAUGAGGCCCGGCUGCGGCAACUGUAGUAGGCAAAUGAAUAUUUAAUACAGCUCCUGCGAUAUAGCCACAUAUCUAUAUAUGUUCAAUCCAUUUCAUUCCUCGCCCAAUGGUGUCCUUCCACAAAUGAAUUGAAGUUAUUAUAUCUGGUACUUAUAUAGAAGAAACGGUAAAAGAGGAAACACAAAGCGAUGAAAAAAGCAGAUUCGCCGCGAAGACAGCCGCAGUUAUAAUAAUCUUUUGAUAAAAGUAACAAUGUUCAGAAAAGUCC